AUGUUAGGGGAUGCACUGGAAACCAAAGUGAACGAGACGCGUGGAUAUGCAGUUACUCACGUGUACCAAAUCACUGAUCUUCAGCUAGCCAUGACCAGCUUUGAGGAGUUGUACAAUUUACUCUUAAAUCCUGCUGUCACGCAUAUCCCAUCAAGUGUGUGGGACUUCAGUGAACUCAAAGAACUCGUCAGAUAUCGCGGAAAACUUGUACGACCGAAUGCACAAUGCCCAGUUGAAAACGAGCUGUUGCGUUUGCUAGUUUUGGGGUUACGACGGCUUUCGCUCCGACUCAAGCGUAUCGCAGUACAUGUGCGCGAAGUUGAGCAAGCGCGUGACACCGAGAUGGAAUUGAUGACAACUUUUCGUGGAUUGUUAACCAGAGGCAAGUUCAACGUACUUCUGAUCCGAGGUGCCGCAGCAAUGCGCGACUCUGCGCGGAAGCAAAAUACUGCCACAGAAGCGUCAUCAGACGAGAUGCGGGAAAAGAAGGACAAAUCAAAAUCCGAUGCAGAACCCUCUGACCCGGUACUCCGUUUGUUGAAGAAAGUGCUGCACAGACUGUCACCCACCGCCAGCAAGAAGUUGGAAAUAUACGAGACCAACACCCUCGUAGAUGGUUAUGCCACAUUUUAUGUCAUGAACGGGGUUUUGACGGCGACCGAGAUCUGGGGUAUCAUUUUCACAAAUCUGUAUCGAAUUCGCCGACCAGGUGAACGUGUAGGCAGUUCGUACGUACCGCGCAUCUGUUUCGCUCCAAAAUGUCAAAAGGACAUGAUGGUUUUGCCCAACAUUGGUUGA